AUGGAGAUUCGGGAGGUGUUGGGGCGCUUGGAACAAGAAGCCGCGCUGGCAUCUCAAGAGGUUGAUGCCAAGAGUGACGAUGGCUAUGUUGGGGGGACCGAGGGUGUUGAUCAAAACAAACUGCAGGAGGCUUGGCAACUGCAAGUGGAGUUGAUCAACGCCAAGGAGGAAGUGCGCCAAAUGCGUCAGCGACUGGCUACUGUCAAAGCCACCGGUGAGCUCUCCAGCCCGAAGUCGUCUCUGAGCCCAGGUGCCGGCUGGUCCGAGUAUGCUCAGGUGCCUUCAAUGCCUCAGUUGGUCCUUGAGCACGAGACCAGCAGAGAAAGGCCAUUUGCAGGGCCGCGCCAGAUUCAGCCCCAAGUGGCUGCGCAGGAAGCAGAGUGUUGCGACAUGUCCCAGGUCCACCACCUCGAGGAGCAGAACAUGGCGUUGCAAACGGAGGUGGAGGAGUUGCGACACAGCAUGGAGAUGGCAGAAGCACACCUUGAAGGCCAUCCUACUCCACAGCUGGAGGUGGCCCUGCACGAGUCUAGGGCCCACCUGCGGAUGUCUUUGCAGCAACAACUCCAAAGCUCCCAGCAGACAUUGCAGUCGUUGCGCGUUGGGAUCUUGGAGGCAGAAGAGCAGUUUGAGGCCGAGCACGAGAAGAGAUCCAAUGCGGAACGACAAUUGACAGCCUUGCGAUCGGAAAAGAAGUGA